AUGGAGGAUCUCCUCCAAUGGAUGGACGACGACGACGACAUCCUUUCGUCCCUCCAAACAACACUUUCACUUAUAUUGAAGACCAAAGAAAAGAAGAAACGCGGGGGGUCAACACCUGGACGAAGAGAAAUCAACCGCAAUCGACUUGAAGGACACCAACGUCUUUACGAGGACUAUUUCUCCGAGGAUGCCAUUUAUCCCGACUAUCUUUUCCGCCGCCGAUUCCGAAUGCGCAGGAGUCUAUUCCUUCGAAUCGUCGAAGAUAUCCAAGAAGCCGACCGUUACUUUGUCCAGAAGCGCGAUGCAGCUGGACGAUUGGGAUUCUUGGCUCUACAAAAAGCAACAGCUGCGAUACGAAUGCUCGCUUAUGGAUGUAGUGGAGACUCUGUGGAUGAGUACCUCCGUAUUAGAAUUAGAUUCUGA